AUGAUAAGAGCUUACGCUCAAAGUGAUCAACGUGCCUGGGAUGUAAAACUUCCUCAAUUGGCUUUCGCUCUAAGGACGACGAUAAACGAUAGCACUGGAGAAUCUCCUGCCUUCUUGAUGUGCGGUCAUGAACCUCAUUUACCGAUAGAUGUACUAUUUGGUUCAAUAAAUCCAUCUGACGAUCAUCCAGCCAAUGAUCGAGAUGUUCGGGUCUAUCGUGAUCGACUUACAGCUAACCUUUUACCAGCAUUUAAUUUUGUGACCUUAUUACUCUCCAUUUCAAAUUCCUUCUUUAUAAGUCGAGAUUAA